CCGUUCCGUCAACUGUGUGCUCGAGGCGUCAGGCGUGUAUGUAAGUACAUAACCUCGUCGCGUCGCCGUGUCGGUCACAAUUCCGUUUCUAUCGACUCGCCCUUGCCUAAUAAGGCAAAAAAAGAAACAUCGAGGGGACCCGUCGAUCUCUCGACGCAGCAUCCGCAACUCCAGCCUCUCCCGUUCUCGACGUCCCUCAAAGAGGCGAAGCCUUCCGGUUCGAACGUUACGAAUAAAUAAUGUCUGACCCGCGCAUAAGAACGCUCAAGAUUAAGACAGGAGUGGUGAAGCGCCUCGCGAAAGAGAAGAUCACGUACGAGAAAGAGGCGGCGCAGCAGCGCGAGAGGGUACAAAAGCUGAAGGAGCAGGACAAAGAUAACUACGACAUAAAGAAGCAAGAGGAGGUGCUUCAGGAGUCCCUUAUGAUGGUACCGGACUGCCAAAGGCGUCUCGUCAAAGCGUUUGAAGAACUCAAGAAGAUCCUGGACACUGAGCAAGAUUUAAAAGAAGUUGAAGGUUACGUCGAGGCUGAAAAAGUGCUCCGGGAGGUGGAAGAGCAGCUGCCGAAGGAAGGGGAUAUUUUGCAGAUGUGUUAAAAGAAAAGUGCUUGCCGAU